GACGACAACGCUCUUAUCUUGUUCUAUUCAUGCCCUAAUUUUCCUUGCCAGACGGGCUACUAUCAAUCUUCAAUCCUAAUCAUAAUGCAUACUUAAAGCCUUACAAUUGUUGGUCUUUGCAACACCAGCCUUACCCUCCACCGCCCCCCCUCCCGGCGUUCCAUUAGCCUCGCUCGAGUCCUACGCAUCCCUUCCACGAAAAAGAACACAACACCUCGCCGCGAUGGACUCUUCUAUCAGUCAUGGCUCCGAGCGCUUCAUGGAACUUACGCAAAAUCCCCACCAUCGGGACCUGGACGUCCACCGACCGAUGACGACAUCGAAGCUGCUCCAUGGCGAGGCCAAGACAUCUGCGAUUCCGAGCGACAACAUGGUCUCUCGUCACCGAACUCCCUCGAUGUUCGACGCUGAGAGUCAAUCACCCAUCCAUGCUUCCGCCUCCGACCCUCUCGACCUGUCCCGCAGGCUCAAGUCCCGGUCCGAGCUUGACCGCAUCACGGCCAACACCGCCCGAAAACGCAACGCCUGCAACCCUCUGGUCAUCACCGGACGCAUCCCACCGUCCAAGAUUGCGGAUUUCUACGAGUCUCAAAAUGAGCAGAUACAACGGCUCCUGAAGCCGGUGGACGAGCACGUCAGGGAAGCAAGAGACGUACAGAGCGCGACGAACCUGCGAUAUCAGAUCGCGGUGUACGGCAGUUUCGUGGCCAACAUCAUCUUGGCCAUUCUACAACUCUACGGCGCCAUAUCGUCGGGCUCCCUGUCUCUUUUCACCACCAUGGCUGACGCCAUCUUCGACCCCAUGUCCAACGUCACGUUGAUACUCUCGAACAAGGCGGUGAAGAAGGUCGACGCCCGAAAAUUCCCCGCUGGGAGGUCGCGGAUCGAGACGGCCGGCAACAUCGUCUUCUGCUUCCUCAUGACCUCUGUCAGUUUCAUUCUGAUCGCCUUUUCCAUCCAAGAACUCGUCCGGGGCCACGAGAGCGGGACUAAGAGUUUCCACCUGCCUUCUGUGAUCGCCGUCACCGUGGCGUUCUGCACGAAACUGGCCCUGUUCUUGUACUGUUGGGCUUUGCGGAACCAGUACUCUCAGGUGCGGAUUCUGUGGGAGGACCACCGAAACGAUCUGUUCAUCAACGGCUUUGGUGUCCUCACCUCCGUCGGUGGCAGUAAGUUGCGCUGGUGGCUGGAUCCGGCCGGUGCCAUUGUGCUCUCGGCACUCAUCUCGUUCCUGUGGCUGCACACUGCUUCGUCCGAAUUCCAGUUGUUGAUCGGUAUCACGGCGGACACGGAGACGCAACAACUCAUCACGUACGUGAGCAUGACGCACAGCGACCGCAUCAGACAGAUCGACACGGUGCGGGCGUGGCACUCUGGCCCACGACUCGUGGUCGAGGUCGAUGUCGUCAUGGACCCCGAAGAGACUCUCCGCGUCUGUCAUGACAUCGCGGAGGAGUUGCAGAUGAAACUUGAAAGGCUGCCUGACGUGGAGCGAGCAUAUGUCCACAUUGAUUUUGAAACGGACCAUCGACCGGAGCAUUUCUUGAAGAAGGAACUUUGAGUCGUCAGCCGUCCCAAAAAGCCCCGUGGUCAGUCCGGUCCGUGAUGAGUCGCGACGACUUCGGGCUGUGGAGAGCGCCAUUGACCAGAUAAAAUAUUUCACAUUGGGUGAGGCGGGUUUUGGACACCCAUUAAACCAUACCAUGUUGCGCAACAUGGUAUGUGACAAGUGUAGCAAAAGGCACAUGUGUGCGUCAUUCAGCCUCAAUUUGCCGACAUGCCCAUGUGCCUUACACAGCCCACAGCCAUAGUGGCCUCACUAUGGCGGGCCAAUACAAGGCUAUCACCCGGGUGAGGGAGGUUGUGGUACCAGUAUACUGCAACAAUGUGUUUGGUCUGUACCACGCCUGAAUAAUGGUGACCGAGGCAGCACCACCUAAAACCCUCCGAGAGUGGUUACCAUACCAAAGGAGUUGUUUCUAAAGAUCAAUUAGACUUUCUCGAGUUUUUAUUGAGUAAAGCCUUUGAUGUCUGUUUUUUCUCGAGCGUGACUAUGGUCAGACACCAGUCGGUGUCUCUGCUAUCUGAUGCAAUGACAGUACAGUGAUGGGCGGAAUUCCACGUCCUUGACUCCAAGGCCUCAUAUAUACCUCGAGCAAUGCGUGUCGUGGCCAUACCAACCCCGUCGGCAUGCAGAUGGUUACGAGAGAAGCGAGGCCCUUUCCGAAGGUCACUGCUUUUUGUAUGAGGAGAGUCCCACGGGCCGUCUUUAGACAGGUUUUUUGGAUGGGUGGGAAGCAGUCAGAUGUUCAAGAGACACGAUCGCUCUCCCUCUCGAAUUAAUAUUGAUUGAGUAUAC